GAUAAUUUUGUUUGCAGAUGUUGAGCUAAACUUAUAUGGUGUUGAGGAUCUUAUUGAAAAUUCGAUUCAGUUUAGCUCAGAUGCGAGAAUUGUUGCUUGAGAGCUAAGUUAAGCAAUAGUUUGACUUUCUAGUUGUAUGUAACAUAAUAAGUUGAAGAUGGUUUGCGAGAUGGAAAGUGAUCAAACAGAGUACAUGGAGAUGGAAGUGGAAGUACUUUCGUCGAUGUGGCCUGAAGAUAUGAAUGAAAAUGGAAAACAAUUCAAUAUAGAUUGGCCAGGAGAAGACCAAGAUAUGUUGGAGGAGGUUAAUAUCAAUGAGGAUUCCACCAUAGUUGAUUUCAAGCGCCUUGUGGAACUUACUAAUUAUAGCGAAAAAGGGUCAUCUCAGUUGGCUUACUUGGUGAAAAAUUGGGAAUAUAAACAAGAAAAUGCUGUAAGGCUACUUAGAGAAGAGCUUGACAAUCUUAGCAAGCAACAACAAGAAUCAGAGCUCAAGAAAUUGGAGAUAUUGGAGAAGUAUCAAUUCGAGGAAGAACGAUAUGGAGGUGAUAAGCGUCCAAUAUCUAUAUUGGAUGAAGAAUUGAAGAGAUACAUAUUCCAAGAGGCACCUAGGAAAAAGAAUGAUGUGAAAAUUCAAGAUAAACUAGAAAUAGAUGCUGAGUAUGACAGUAUAAAGUACUGGAAGCAGAGAGCUACACAUUUGGAGAAGUUGUUGGAAACGAGUGCUCAACGGGAGCAAAUACUAACUGAGAAAUUGCAGGAAAGCAUAGAAAAUCUUGAAAGACAGUCCUCUCCGGUGGAAGAAUUAUCUCAGAUUCUGAAAAGAGCAGAUAAUUUCUUACAUUUUGUCCUCCAGAAUGCACCGGUUGUCAUCGGCCACCAGGACAAUGAGUUACGCUAUCGUUUUAUCUACAAUCAUUUCCCAAGUUUGCGUGAAGAGGACAUCAUUGGCAAAACAGAUGUAGAAAUUUUUACUGGUGCUGGUGUAAAGGAAUCUCAAGACUUCAAAAGAGAGGUUUUGGAACGGGGAAUACCGGCAAAGAGGGAAAUUACAUUUGACACAGGAUUAUUUGGGUCAAAGACUUUUUUAAUAUAUGUUGAACCUGUGUUCAGUAAGGCAGGGGAGACCCUUGGAGUAAAUUAUAUGGGAAUGGAGAUAACUGAUCAGGUAAGGAAAAGAGAAAAAAUGGCAAAGCUGCGCGAAGAGAUAGCUGUACGGAAGGCCAAGGAGACUGAACUUAACAAAACUAUUCACAUAACAGAGGAAACAAUGCGAGCGAAACAAAUGCUUGCAACCAUGUCCCAUGAGAUUAGAUCUCCUUUGUCAGGAGUUGUCAGCAUGACCGAGAUUCUUUCUACCACAAAACUGGACAAGGAACAGCGUCAGCUUGUGAAUGUAAUGUUGUCUUCAGGAGAUUUGGUUCUUCAACUAAUAAAUGACAUCCUUGACCUUUCCAAAGUUGAAUCAGGAGUAAUGAAGUUGGAAGCCACAAAAUUCCGACCAAGGGAGGUUAUUAAGCAUGUCUUGCAAACUGCAGCAGCAUCACUACAGAAAAUAUUAACAUUGGAAGGCCACAUUGCUGAAGAUGUUCCCAUUGAGGUUGUCGGGGAUGUAUUAAGAAUUCGCCAGAUUCUCACGAACUUGAUCAGCAAUGCUAUAAAAUUUACUCAUGAAGGGAAGGUUGGUAUAAAGCUGUAUGUGGUUCCCGGGCGAUGUCCUGAUGUGAAACAAGGAUCCCAUAAGAGGAUGGCUUCUGAUCAUUCAAAGGUUUUAGCAAAGAUAUGUAAGGAAGAUAAGUGUACAUCACCAUCUCACAACUCCCUUGAUCGUAAAGGCUCUGGUGGAUGCAAAGAUGCCGAUGGUGCAAACGAGAGAUUGAUGCAGAACGGGGAGGGCAACUAUUCAGAACAAAAUGGGGCUUCUAUAGAAGAUGAAGUGGAUGAUCCAAAUCAACAGGAAACAACUGUGUGGAUACGUUGUGAUGUUUAUGAUACUGGGAUUGGAAUACCAGAAAAUGCUAUACCCACUUUAUUCAAGAAAUAUAUGCAAGUCGGAGCAGAUACUGCUCGGAAGUAUGGUGGGACAGGACUAGGAUUGGCCAUUUGUAAACAACUGGCUGAGCUUAUGGGAGGUCAUAUGACUGUAUCCAGCAAAGAGCACCAUGGAUCUACCUUUACAUUUAUCCUACCUUACAAAGUUUCACCUGUAUGUGAUAGUUCGGAUGAUAAUGAAGAACUCUCCGAAAUGGAUAAUCAUGAUACUUCUUCUGAAGGAAAUGAUGAUGAUAUAAAUUCUGGUUUUUUCCAAUUCCAACCGCGCACUUUAGGUUCUCUGUUUUCUUCUCAUAGUUCUGGAAGAGCCACAAAACUUUCACCAAACGGUUUUGGGUAUAACACUUUGAAUAAGACUAAUGGAUUUCAAGUGAACUCCCAUUCUUUCCCUUUAGAUAGCAAUACAUCAAAAGAGACAGGUUCAGUAGAAGAUGCAUGUUCAGUAGCUGAUGCUGUUGAGACAUGCUCUGAUCCUGAAUCUUCAUUCAAACACAACCGAAAUUCUGGCAAUCCAAGCACGUCUGGUAGAGAACAAAAGAUUAACGGUGUUUUAGAUCAUACCCCUUGUUUAUCUUCCCCUAAUUCAGAAACUACAAAUAGUGAUCAGGGUGAAAUUACAGAAAAAAUAGAAAAAAGUCAGAUACAGGAACAACCUGAUAGAAGUUCUGAGUGUUCUUCUAGCAAGGAUGCACAAAUUUCAGAAACCUCUUACAAACCCAAAAUCCUCCUUGUAGAAGACAACAAAAUACUUGUGAUGGUAACACGUUCGAUGAUGAAGCAGUUGGGUCAUGACAUAGAUAUAGUGAAUAAUGGAGUAGAAGCUUUGCGUGCUGUUCAACGCCACAGAUAUGACCUCAUUCUAAUGGAUGUAUGCAUGCCAGUCAUGGAUGGACUUCAAACUACAAGAUUGAUACGAUCAUAUGAAGAAUCUGGUAACUGGGAUGCAGCAAAAGAUGCUGGCAUUGAUGAAGAGGUUUCUCCUUCAAAUUCCUUACAGAGAAGUGAUGAAUCCUCCACGAAACGUAUUCCUAUAAUUGCAAUGACAGCCAAUGCAAUAUCGGAAAGUGCAGAAGAGUGUUAUGCAAAUGGUAUGGACUCUUUUGUAUCAAAGCCAGUAACACUUCAAAAAUUAAAAGAGAGUCUACAACAGUAUCUACCAUGACAUCUUUUCUUGUAAAUGAAUGCACCUGUACAGGAAUAGAAAAGCAAAAAAAAGAA